AUGUCGAGUAUCGGAAAGGAUUCAGCGGGCCAGCCGCCUGUAGAGAUCCCACGCUCUGCCUCGCCAGGCUCGUUUCGCAGCCGGUCCUAUGGCACCUCAGUUCCACGAGCAGGCGCGACCGCCCGCCUUGCAUCUCCCAUCCCACAGCCCGGCACAUCUCCCAGCUCCCGCGUCCGAGAUGCGCAGCGCAGUGCCGAGACAGAUGCCAGCAGCAUAACAGGCUCGAUAGCACCUCUUCCCGGCGCGACCGGCUCCUCAGCAGCACCCGGACCUGGCAUCUCGGCUCUCGCGGCGGCCCUGUCCAACUCUUACGGUGCCUCUCCUCCACGCUUUGGCACGCCUCCCGUACGAGCUCAGUCGCCCAGCGCGUCUAGUGCCCAGAACCUGCACUCUGCCACGCCGACAAACUAUGGCUCUUUUCACCCGCAAGAACGAGCCAUCAGUGGCGCAUACGAGGAUCCCGAGAUUGUACGACGCCAUCUUGUGCAGCCGUCCGAUGCCGCCUACCAGUCCGACGACUCGAGCAGCCGCAGACCGGGCGAGACCAGCGGCAAGGGGAAGCAGCCGGACACAGGGACGGACGACGAGGAGUUUUCGAGUCUGCGGCUGCAAGGCGGCGACAUUACGCGGCCAAUCUACAAGUGGACCGAGGAGGCUACAAACAAGAUCCAGCGCAGCAAGAGCUUCAGCAUGCCACGCCCCGAGCCAGAGGAGGAGGUCUUGGAUAUCACCACCAUCAAGGUGCCUGGCGGGUUCCGCCGGAAUUUCCUUCGCCGCAGCGCCGGAAGCCCUGCGCCGGGACCCGGAGGACGUGGUGGGGAUAUCGAGUACGGGGAACCGUCGAGUCGGCAGCCCCAAGUGUUCACGUCCAGCUUCCUCGAGUUCUUGAGCAUCUACGGCCACUUUGCUGGUGAGGAGCUCGAAGAGGACGAUGAGGCGCUGAAGCCCGGCGAGUACUUCUCCUCGGGAGAGGAAGAAUGGGACAGCGACGAGGAUUCGGACGAGGACCGCGAGCCGAUGGAGGAUAGUGCCCUGCUCACGCCUUCGCGUCGAAAACGGAGAAGAAAGCAUCGGACCAGUGGAAAGGCCAGCCCGACGGGUGCCGCUCUGGUGCUGCUGAAAUCGUUCGUCGGGACUGGCGUCUUGUUCCUCCCCCGUGCUUAUCUGAACGGUGGCAUGGUCUUCAGCAACCUGGUCUUGCUCUUCGUCGCGGCGCUCAGCUACUACUGCUUCGUGCUCCUCGUCACAUCGCGCCUCAAGGUGGAGGGCUCGUUCGGCGACAUGGGUGGCAUACUAUACGGCAAGUGGCUCCGGUCUCUCAUCCUGGGCUCCAUCGUCAUUAGUCAGAUCGGAUUCGUGGCGGCCUAUAUUGUAUUCGUGUCGGAAAAUCUCCAGGCCUUCAUUCUCGCGGUAUCCGACUGCCAGACGCACAUACAGGUCAAGUGGUUGAUCCUGAUGCAGAUGGUCAUCUUCCUGCCGUUCUCGCUCUUCCGCGACAUCAACAAACUCAGCUUCACGGCCUUUGUCGCGGAUGCCUUCAUCAUUCUGGGCCUGGGCUACCUCUUCUACUACGACGUGUUGACGCUCGACAAGUUCGGCCUGGCAGAUAUCAUCCUGUUUAACCAAAAGGACUGGACGCUGUUCAUCGGCACCGCCAUCUUCACCUUCGAGGGCAUUGGCCUCAUUAUUCCCAUCCAGGAGUCCAUGGCCAACCCCAAGAAAUUCCCCAAGGUCUUGUUCGUGGUCAUGAUCAUCAUCACGGCACUAUUCACCGUCAUGGGUGCCGUCUCUUACGCGGCCUACGGCUCCAAGACCGAGACGGUGGUCCUGCUCAACCUGCCGCAGGACAACAAGCUGGUCAAUGGCGUGCAGUUUCUGUACUCGAUGGCCAUCAUGCUCUCGACACCGCUACAGAUCUUCCCUGCGAUCAAGAUCCUGGAGAAUGGGCUCUUUGCGCGAAGUGGGAAGUACAACCCGUAUAUCAAGUGGCAAAAGAACAUCUUCCGAUUCUUGUUUGUAAUUUUAUGUGCCAUCAUUGCCUGGGGUGGUGCAGAUGAUCUAGACAAGUUUGUUGCAUUGGUGGGCAAUUUUGCCUGCAUUCCCCUUGUCUAUAUCUAUCCUCCCAUGCUGCACUACCGUGCUGUGGCAAGGACCACUCUUUGGAAGAUUUCUGACGUCAUCCUCUGCAUUUUUGGCUUUGUUGCCAUGGCAUAUACCACGAUCCUGACUGUUACCAGCUGGGCCGGAGGUGAGAGUGGCCCUUCUCUCCCAGGAUACUGUGACAAGAAGGGUCUGUAA